AAAUUUUUCAGAAAAGAAUAAAAAUCAAGUUAUAAUCAGGCAGUUGGACUCUAGAGCCUUACAUCUCUUAAUAGACUUUGUUUAUUCUGGGAAAAUCUCAAUCACAGAAAAAAAAUGUACAGAUUUUGUUGUCAGCAUCAAAUCUUUUGCAGUUACAAGAAGUCAAAAAGGCAUGUUGUGAUUUUCUACAGGCACAAGUAUGUCCUACAAAUGUUAUUGGGAUAAAUGCGUUAGCUGAUUUACAUGGCUGUAUGCAAUUGUCAACAAGUUCAGAAUUAUAUAUUCAACAACACUUUUCUGAUGUGGUAGAAGGAGAAGAAUUCCUUUCCAUGUCAUAUGAUCAAAUGGUUAAGUUGAUCUCUAGUGAAGAACUUACAGCUCCAUCUGAAGAAAAAAUAUUUGAAAGUGUUAUUCGAUGGGUAAAACAUGAUUUGGGUUCCAGAAAACAAAUUUUGCCCCAAUUAAUAGAACAUGUGCGGUUACCAUUAACAUCGAGAGAUUACAUAUUAGAAAAAGUACUGGAUGAACCUGUAUUUAAUAGUUGUCUUGAAUGUAAAGAUUACGUAAUCGAAGCAUUACAUUUUCAUUUACUCAAGUCAGAUGGGCUGAUCACCAUUCCUCAUAACAUCCGGACAAAACCGAGACAACCUGGUGGUACACAUAAACAGGUUAUUUUAGUGGUUGGUGGAUUAGGGCACGGUAAUGCAAUAUUAGAUAGUACAGAAUUCUACGACCCAAAACUCAACCAAUGGAAAUCCGGACCAAAAAUGAUUACACCACUUUAUUAUGGUGGUCUAGCUGUAUUAAAAGAUAAUAAUAUUAUGCUUUAUGUUGGUGGUCACAAAUACCCAUCAACUACUUGUAAGUCUGUCUUUGUACUAGAUUUAUCUUCAGAAUUAACUUCUUGGAAACCAACCGUUGACAUGUUAGUUAAAAGACAACAUUUAGGAAUUGGUGUGAUAAAUAAUUAUGUAUUUGCCGUUGGCGGUUAUGAUGGCGAAUGUUUUUUAAACAGUGCAGAAGUUUUUGACUGCAGAAACCGAAAAUGGCGUUUGAUAUCUAAUAUGUCUACUAAAAGAAGUGGUGUUGGCCUUGGAGUACUGAAUAAUCUUUUGUAUGCGGUCGGAGGUUUUGACGGUAUAUCACAGCAGAGAUUAAAAUCAGUGGAAUGUUAUAAUCCCAGUCUUGACAAGUGGACAACAGUCGCAGAAAUGUUUAUAGGUCGAAGUGCUUUGGUUGUUGGCAUUUUAGAUGGAGUACUAUAUGCUGUAGGCGGUCAUGAUGGAUUUCAUGUGCACAGGACUGUUGAAGCAUACAGACCAAGUACAGGGGUUUGGACAACUGUUGCAGACAUGCAUUUGUGUCGACGCGACGCAGGAGUAGCAGUAUUAGAUGGGUUAUUGUAUGUCGUCGGUGGUAGCGACGGACGUUGUGUUCUAGAUUCUAUAGAAUGUUACAACCCCAACACCAAUACAUGGACCAUGGUCACAGCGUCAAUGAAUGUUCCACGAAAUUAUUUAGGAGUAGUAGUCAUUGAUAGUCUAAAUUUUAAAACUUGUUAGUAUUCGUUGUUUUUUUUUUUUUUUAUAUAAUAUAUAAAUAUUUUCUUAUAUUGUAUGAUAAUUUUCUAUUUACUUUAUAGUUUUUGAAUUUAUUACUAAAAAAUUGUUUUAACUUGCACUAUAAAUUGAUAGACAAUGACAUGCCACCAUUUGUUUAAAUAUAAUAGCAUUGGAUACGAAA